AUGGACGAGUUCAUCUCCACGCAGGCUUGUGAGCUUUGUCCCGACAGGGGUGGUUUGGUGGAGUGGGGCCUCUCUGGGGCUGAUGCGUUCCCUGAGGUCCCCACUGACUCCUGGGCCCAAACUGGAGUGUCCAAAGGCCGUGAGAGUGAAAAGGUGUUGAGGAUAAUCCCCGACGGCUUUCUGAAGGAGGAGCUGGAUGAGGCUUGCAGCUCCCUGACUGAUGGGCAGACGCUCUCCAAAGAGUCCCUAAGCCAUGCUCUCGAGCUCUCGUCCUCAGAGAAGGAGCAGGAUGUCCAGCUGGAUGGGCCCAAAGAGAAGCUGUGGACAACGCGGGCAGACGGACGCGUGCGCACACGUAUCCAUCCCACCUGCCCACAGCCUCCCUACACUGUGCACCAGAUGUUCUCCGAGACCCUGGACAAGUAUGGGGACCUCCGUGCUAUAGGCUUCAAGCGCCAGGGCACGUGGGAGCACAUCUCCUACUCCCAGUACUACCUGCUGGCCCGAAAAGCCGCCAAGGGCUUCCUGAAGCUCGGCCUGGAGCCGGCGCACAGCGUGGCUAUCCUCGGCUUCAACUCCCCGGAGUGGUUCUUCUCGGCGGUGGGCACGGUAUUUGCAGGCGGCAUUGUCACUGGCAUCUACACCACCAGCUCCCCUGAGGCCUGCCAGCACAUCGCCCAUGACAGCCGUGCCAACGUCGUUGUGGUUGACACACAGAAGCAACUGGAAAAGAUCCUGAAGACCUGGAAAGACCUGCCCCAUCUGAAGGCUGUAGUGAUAUAUGGAGAAGCACCUCCAGAGAAGAUGGCCAGUGUGUACACGAUGGAGGAGCUCAUGGAGCUGGGGGAUGAGCUGCCCGAGGAGGCCCUGGACUCCAUCAUCAACACCCAGCAGCCUAACCAGUGCUGCGUGCUGGUCUACACCUCCGGCACCACCGGGAGCCCCAAGGGCGUGAUGCUAAGUCAAGACAAUAUCACGUGGACAGCACGGUACGGCAGCCAGGCCGGCAACAUCCAGCCCGCGGAAGUCCAGCAGGAGGUGGUGGUCAGCUACCUGCCCCUCAGCCACAUCGCCGCUCAGAUCUACGACUUGUGGACGGGCAUCCAGUGGGGGGCCCAGGUCUGCUUCGCUGAGCCUGACGCCCUAAAGGGGAGCCUGGUGAACACGCUGCGGGAGGUGGAGCCCACGUCCCACAUGGGGGUGCCUCGAGUGUGGGAGAAGUUCAUGGAGCAGAUCCAGGCGGUGGCGGCUCAGUCUGGCUUCAUCCGGCGCAAGAUGCUGCUCUGGGCCAUGUCGGUGACCUUGGAGCAGAACCUCACCUGCCCAGGCAGCGACCUGAAGCCCUUCACGGCCAGACUGGCAGAUUACCUAGUGCUCGCCAAGGUCCGCCAGGCGCUGGGCUUUGCCAAGUGUCAGAAGAGCUUCUAUGGGGCUGCCCCCAUGACCGCUGAGACGCAGCACUUCUUCCUGGGCCUCAACAUCCCCUUGUACGCGGGCUACGGCCUCAGCGAGACCUCGGGCCCCCACUUCAUGUCCGGCCCCUGCAACUACCGGCUCUACAGCUCCGGCAAGGUGGUGCCAGGCUGCCAGGCGAAGCUGGUGAACGAGGAUGCCGAGGGCAUCGGGGAGAUCUGUCUGUGGGGCCGCACCAUCUUCAUGGGCUACCUGAACAUGGAGGACAAGACGCGGGAGGCCAUCGACGCCGAGGGCUGGCUGCACACGGGGGACAUGGGGCGUCUGGACACGGACGGCUUCCUCUACAUCACCGGGCGCCUCAAGGAAUUAAUCAUCACAGCUGGUGGAGAGAACGUUCCCCCUGUGCCCAUCGAGGAGGCCGUGAAGAUGGAGCUGCCCAUCGUCAGCAAUGCCAUGCUGAUCGGGGACCAGAGGAAGUUCCUGUCCAUGCUGCUCACCUUGAAGUGUGUGCUGGACCCAGACACCUCCGAGCCGACGGACAGCUUAACUGAACCAGCUGUGGCCUUCUGCCAGAGAGUGGGCAGCAAAGCCACCACCGUGUCUGAGAUCGUGGGCACCAAGGAUGAGGCCGUGUAUCAGGCCAUUGAGCAGGGGAUCCAGAGUGUCAACAGGAACGCAGCUGCCCGGCCCUACCACAUCCAGAAGUGGGCCAUUCUCCAGAGGGACUUCUCCAUUUCGGGUGGAGAGUUGGGUCCGACGAUGAAGGUGAAACGGCUCACGGUCCUGGACAAGUACAAAGACAUCAUCGACUCCUUUUACCAAGAGCAGAAGAAGUAAUCAGGGGCCAUCCUCCCAGUUUCUGAUGAAGACAGCAGGCCAUUCGGAGGGUCAUCCUGGGCUCCAGGUCCUCCUUGGUCUGGGCGCACGGAUGCCCAGCAAGGCUGUGAGGUCUCCGUGUCUGGCCAUGGCACUGGUGUCCACG